UUUUUUCUCUCUUUUUUAAGGUGCUCUCCUUCAAGCAUUCCCCUUUCAGGUUUAUAAAACCUAUUCAACAGGGUCAGGUAUUGCUCUUUAGCCUUUUUAAGGGAAGCAGCCUGCCAAGAUCUGGCUGUGAGAAUAAGAGGUCCACUGGCAAGAUGUUGAAUGGAGAUGUAGCAGUUGAUCCAGGCAUUCAAGCAGCUGGGGAUGCACCUGGAACAUCUCAGCCUGCUGCAUCAGGAGCAGCUGCAGGUCCAGCAAAGAAGAGGCAGACAAUUGAGCGUGUCUAUCAAAAGAAGACCCAGCUCGAGCACAUUCUUCUUCGGCCUGAUACAUAUAUUGGUUCUGUGGAACCAGUGACAGAGUCACAAUGGGUUUAUGAUGGUGAAGAGGAAGGGAUGGUGCGGAGGGAGAUCACUUAUGUUCCUGGCCUGUACAAAAUUUUUGACGAAAUCCUCGUCAAUGCUGCUGACAACAAGCAGCGUGAUGCCAAGAUGGAUUGCAUCAAAGUGGACAUUGAUGCGGAGAACAAUGUGAUAAGCAUUUGGAAUAAUGGAAAAGGGAUCCCUGUCACAGAACACAAGGGUGAAAAGAUGUUUGUUCCAACUAUGAUAUUUGGCCAUCUCCUUACAUCAUCCAACUACAAUGAUGAGGAGGAGAAGGUCACAGGAGGUCGUAAUGGCUAUGGUGCCAAGCUGUGCAACAUCUUCAGCUCUAAGUUCACAGUUGAGACUGCCUCCAAGGAGUACAAGCGCAGCUUUAAACAGAUGUGGGCCAACAACAUGACUAAAAGCUCAGAGCCAAAGUUGAAGGACUUCUCUGGUGAAGACUUCACCAAAGUCACAUUUUCUCCAGAUCUGUCCAAAUUCAAGAUGGAAUCCCUUGAUCGGGACACAGUGGCUCUUCUUUCUCGGCGAGCGUAUGAUAUUGCUGGUGCUGCCUGGGGUGUCAAGGUUUUCCUCAAUGGCAAGAGAAUUCCUGUGAAGGGAUUUAAAGACUACAUAGAUCAGUACCUGAAGGGGAAGGAGGACGAAGCAGGAAACCAAGUGAAGGUUGUGUUCGAGAAGGUGAAUGAUCGGUGGGAGAUUGGAGUUGCCAUGUCUGAUCAGGGCUUUCAGCAAGUCUCCUUUGUCAACUCUAUUGCCACCACCAAGGGUGGGCGUCAUGUGGACUACAUUGCAGACCAGAUUGUGGGGAAGCUGGUGGAGACAGUGAAGAAGAAGAACAAGGGUGGGAUCCAAAUCCGACCCUUCCAAGUCAAGAAUCACCUCUGGGUCUUCAUCAACUGCCUCAUUGUGAAUCCCACCUUUGAUUCCCAGACCAAAGAGAACAUGACAUUGCAGGCAAAGAGCUUUGGUUCCAAGUGCCAGCCCUCUGAAAAGUUCAUCAAUGGGGUCUUGAAAUGUGGGGUUGUGGAGUCAGUGAUGGCAUGGGCACGAUUCAAGGCCCAGAAUCAGCUUUCCUCAAAGCUGACAGCCAAGAAGGCUAACAAGUUGAAGGGGAUCCCAAAGCUGGAGGAUGCAAAUGAUGCAGGCACUAAGAACUCUGCAAUGUGCACCCUGAUCUUAACUGAGGGGGAUUCAGCCAAGACUCUGGCUGUCUCUGGCCUCGGUGUUGUUGGGCGUGAUCACUAUGGCGUCUUCCCACUACGUGGCAAGCUUCUCAAUGUCCGGGAGGCUUCUCACAAGCAGAUCCUGGAGAAUCAGGAAAUCAACCACAUCAUCAAAAUCUUGGGCUUGCAGUACAAAAAGAAGUAUGAGACUGUAGAAGACCUGAAGUCUCUCCGUUACGGGAAACUCAUGAUCAUGACGGAUCAGGAUCAAGAUGGGUCACAUAUCAAAGGCCUGCUCAUCAACUUCCUUCAUCACAACUGGCCAGGCCUGCUGCGCCUCCCAUUCAUUGAGGAGUUCAUCACACCAAUUGUGAAGGCAACCAAGGGGAAGGAGGAGCUAUCUUUCUUCUCCAUUCCAGAAUUUGAGGAAUGGAAGAAGCAUAAGGACAAUUGGAAUAGUUACAAGAUCAAGUACUACAAAGGUCUCGGGACCUCCACAUCAAAAGAGGCAAAGGAGUACUUCUCUGACAUGGGAAGGCACCGCAUCAAGUUCAAGUAUGAGAAUCAGGCAGACGAUCAGAGCAUCAUCAUGGCUUUCAGCAAGAAGGCAGUGGAGCAACGAAAGGAAUGGCUAACACAGGGCAUGGAGGAGAGGAAGCGACGCCGGGAGUUAGGCCUCCCUGAGAUCUACCUGUACACCAAGGAGACAAAGGCUGUGACAUACACAGAUUUUGUAAACAAGGAACUCAUCCUUUUUAGCAAUCUAGACAAUGAGCGAUCCAUCCCAGCCCUUGUUGAUGGGUUCAAGCCAGGGCAGCGGAAGGUGAGCCUUCUGUGCUAUUUUAAUUGCUUUUGA